AUGGACGAAGGCUCUUCAGGCAGUGGCGAGCAGCCAGGCUGGACCACAGUGUCCAACAAGAGGGCAAAGCGUGCCCACGGCGAUAGAAGUGCGGACAACAGCGACGAGGAGGGCCCCGCCCCUACUCCCGCCCCCCAAGCGCCUUCAGCGCCAGCGACCAAGGUUCCCAAAAUGAAGCCAUUAUUUGUGUUCCUGGAUGCCGGGCAUCAAUAUCCGAGGGUCUAUCACGCCCUGAAAUCAGCCCUGGCAGAGAAGUUUGUCUGCCAGAACCGCGGCCGCGAUGAGCUCAUGGUCCAUACGGCCAAUAUCACGGAGUACCACCGCGCCAUUAAGGCCCUUCAGGUCAUCGGCGCUCAGCACUCCGUCCUGCUCCAGCGGGAGGAGACGCCCCAGAAGUUCGUGUUGCGUGGCGUGCACCGCCACACGCCCAACGACUCCCUACAGCAGGAAUUCGCUGCAGCCAACUUGCCGGUACAAAACUUCUGGUUUCUUGAAAACCGGCAGAAACGCGAAAAAUGUGACGUGCUCGUAAUAGAGGUGCCGCAGACGUACGACGCCGAGAAAAUCCGUGCCCUGACAGAAUUUGCUGGCAUGCCGAUCCGCGUCGACGACUACCACCGCCCCUCAGGCCCUAGUCAAUGCAGUGUUUGCCAGCGAUUCAACCACGUCGGAACACACUGCCAGCAGCAGCAUUGCGCCAACUACAAGGGCUGCAGUGCCUACAAAAAGGAAAGCCGCAGGCACCUUCCCCCCCAGGUCCGCAAAGCGCGCGAACAGCAGUCUCGCCGCGACAUCCGCGAGAACAGACCAGCCGCGACACAGCCCGCGCCCCAACAACAACCCCCACCGGGCUUCUUCGGUCCCCCAGGCCCCCAACCAUGGGGCCCCCCGAGGCACCACCCGCCUCCGGGCUUCACGCAGUUCACCAACAACAGGUUCGAGGCACUGACACACCACGGUGUACCCAGCUACAACGAGCUGGACUUCCCUGUCGUCGCCAACAAUCCCUGGCAGCGCAGGCCGCGACAAAAGCAGCCAACGAAAAACUGGACGGACCACAAGAAGGGCAAUGGCAAACAACAGCAAAAACAACAACACCAACAACCGACCCCAGCUGCCCCAGCUGCCCCAGCUGCCCCGGCCAAGGAAAAACCCGCCGCGGCCCCGCGACGAGUGACGCCACCAGCAGCUGCCCAGACCAUGGUUGUUGACACAGCACCUGUGUCACCACCUCCCCCACCCUCACCCGCCACCGACACGCAGCCGGCCAAUCACAGCUGCCUGCGGCGGCCGAGGCCGGACCCCAACUACGUGGACGCCGAGCAUGACGUAAGAGGGCGCUCGGAGCCAGUAAGAAUACUUCCUGGGAGCCGCCUGCAGCAGGACGCAAAUAGCGCGCGGCGAGGUUGCGCAUUGUGCCGCCGGGAGCCGAGAGGUGUGCAAGCCGGCCACUGGGCCACGUCUGGACACGAGCGGCGCGGGGUGACUGCCGGCAGGCGAGGCAGUGUUAUUUCGGCGCUCGGCGGCGGCGAUGGGGCGGCGCAGGGCGCCAUGAAGAAGACGCGGCGCGCGCGCUCCGAGCGCUCAGGCCGGGGGCGGGGUGAAGGCGGGGGCGGUGGGGGCGGGGCCUCGCGCGACUCCUCCGUGUCGAGCAGCGAGGUGCGCUGUGCCUGCCAGUACUUCCAGUCCAGCAGCCUGCUGCCCGAGCGAACCGCCCUGGUGAUGGCCGGUCGCCCGUCCAGCCGCGCCGCCAUGGGUGACCACGAGUACGAGCCCAUCUCGCCACCCCCGGAUGCCAGGAUGGAGGCGGAGGCAGAGCUCCGGAGGCGGCGCUCCAGCUCGGAGGUAGGGGGCAGCAGCAUCGACAGCCGCGAGCGGCGGUUCCUGCACGCGCCACUGCCGGACAUGGUGGCCAUACCUGGCGACGGUGAGCUAGAGGACGAGGCGAUGGCCGGCCGAGAGCUGGGCGACACCAACAAUGGUGACGACGACGAGGACGAACAUCAGCAACCAGAGCGCUUCCUGAAUGAAACUCCCACCACCACAGAGUCGCGCACCGACGGGGAGUUCAACACCAGCAACGUCGACUCGUCCGCCCUCGAGGAUCUGCCCCUGCACAAGGAUGCCCGGAGAGAGAAGCAGCAAGAGGAGGAAUUGCAAAAGUCGCAGCCUGCUAAUUUACAGCAGAAGAUCCGCUCCCAGGCGGGAAAGCUGAGGACCUGUUUGCGCAACAUAAAGAAGCCAAAAUUUACGAUGCCCGAGAGGCCUAAAAUUACGCUUCCAGAGAGACCCAAGUUUAACUUACCUGACAGACCCAAGUUUACUAUGCCAGAAAGACCAAAGUUCUCUCUACCGCAGAGACCGAAAUUUUCCUUGCCGGAGAGGCCAAAGUUCACCAUGCCCGAGAGGCCAAAGAUCAGCAUGCCUUCCCUCAGCAGCUUUUCUUCCAAGGCGAAGGGCCGGUCUGUAUUCAGCAGCACGCGGCGCCCGCUCAGGGAGCGCUCCGCCAAUGUGUCGACUGUUUCAACAACGUCCUCGAAGAAGAAGAGAUUUGACUUUGACUUCAGGACGUACCCUCGCCUGUUUGAUCGGAAGGCGCGCUCCAAACCCAACGGUCGGCGUGCCGAGACCCCGCCGCCACCAACGACUCCAUUCCGCAAGAAGGGGCCGGUGGGGCAUCGCUGGCUGCACCGCUUCAAGGACAUCAUAUACGCCGACGAGGAUGGUGGACCCCCCACCAGCAGCGAAGGUACAAGAGUCAUGUUCGUGUCUCAGGAUAGUGGGGAGCCUAUGGAUUCUGAAGAGUACGUUUGGGAGGAGAGAGAAAAGAAAGGCUUAAAUGAAGAUGUAGAAAAUGUAGUAAUGCAGAGCCAAGAUUCUGGUCAUACCGAAUCCAUAAGCAAGUUCAAGGACAAAGAUGUAGGGGUGUCAUUUGAAGGUGAGCUAGGUGGAGUUCAUCAGCAGGAAGCAAGUUCUGGCAGUUUACACGAGUCCGAACAAGAGCAGCAAUCUUCUGGGAGUUCCUCCGAGCGCCAUCGGGCUGGUGUUCUCGAAGAGAUAGACUCGGACGAGUUUUUCUUGCGGCAAAAAGGCAUCAGUCAGGAAGAUGUAGUAUUAGGACACAUGUUAACAUCGGAGAUACGUGAUGCUUUCCGCUCUGCUGACAAUGGCCUAAAGCAGAUGGAUAGCUGCGAGUACGAUGACGACAAUCAGGUGGACAACUUGGCCAACCAGUACUUUGGCACGCCUGAAAGAGAAACUACCAGACCAGACCACCCAAGGUCGUUGAAGCCAAGGAAGAUAUCCAACAAGUCAAAAGAAUCUUCACGUACAGAAGAGCCAUUUUACAAUACUUUCCCCCCAAUAAGGCCCAAGCGGAGUCGCCACACUCAGAAUCAAAGUGGAAUGGGGGAAGGAGAACUGGGUAGAGUAACAAAUAAAGGCAAUGAAGAAGAGAAGAAGGAAGUACAAGAUACUGAAAUAUCCCUGGAGGAAGUACCACAAGAAUUUGUGAAACUGGUUUCCCGGGGGUAUUCUGAAGAAACCGAAGCAAUUUUCAGAGUCAAAGUAACUGAGGACAAUGUAGAAGAUCAAGAUGUAGAACUACAGGAAAUUGAGGUGAGUCAAGAGCAUCCAGAGAUCGUGAUUACAGAUGCUCAUGACGAUGAUGAGUUAGAGCAACAGUUAGCCGAAGAGAAGCAAGCAGAUCAGCAGUUUCAACAGUGGCAGAGCGAGAAGGAGUUCGUCUCCCAGACAAUGCCCCCAGUGACACCACCCACGGCGCCAAAGCGGAAGAAACGAAACUUGAAACAAACUCUUCACGACUCCCCUUUUAAUGCCAAUCACACUAAAGAAGACUGGAUGAAGAGUGAUAGCGGUCACAUCGCACCAGAUGAGAUUAUAGCACUCCACAUGGAAUCCGAUUACAUCAUCCCAGAUGCAUCAGACGAAGAACAGUUAGAAGUACCACCCGUCGCCCCAAAGAGGACACGACGGAAGAGCAAAAGCUCUUAUGGCGCAUCCUUGAUGGAAGACGAAGACCGCACAUCUCACGGUGCGAGCUCCCUCCCUGCUGAGGAAGGCCCGCCUCAGUUUGACUUCGUGGACUUCGCAGGCUAUGCAUCCGUCGUCAAGCCAGUGCCCAUCAAACCAGAGAGGCCCAAGAAAGCCAAACCACUGAGACCUCCUCCUCCAGGAAGAAGGAAGAAAACCAAUGGGUCAAAGCUUACACAUUUCUUCUCACUACCGAGGAAGAUACCGCCACAUCGUCCGGUUAGGAAUUACAGCACAGUGGGUCCUUCACGACCCCCCAGACAAGAACGCUUUAGUGAGUUCAGCUAUAUCGAGCAAUACGGCCAGAGCGAGCCAUACAUAAAGAUUGAGGGCGGUGAUGCGGACCAGACAUGCCAAGAAGAGUCUUUUGACAGCAACAGGGAUCUGCAGUCAGGAGUUGUUAUAGAAAAGAUGAAGGGCCGGCCAUUGCCACCUCCUCCAAGGCCUCCUCGGAAAAACAAGGAAGGCCGUGACACAACAAGUCAGUUCGACGAAGAGGAGGCACUAGAGCCGCCAGACACACGCGAAGAUCUCGAAAACAUGGCCCUUGCAGCUCUAAAAGAUAAUGUUCUCUUCUCUCAGAAGGGGUCGAUCGAUUCACUUCAAUAUAAUAAGAUUGAAGUGGAGAGAGCAAAAGAAACAAGCAAAGCCUACCAGACAUCUGUGGAACCUGAGGAGGUUACUGUAUCUACUCAAACAGAUCCAACAAUGGAAGACUAUAGCGAAGACUUGGUCGAAGAGAAACGGUCGUAUGAGCAAGUUCAAGCUAGCACAGAAGAGAUACCCGAAAAAUUAUUAGACACACUAGAAAAGCCUGAUGUAAUGUUAUUUCACACGAAAGAGGUUAGUACACUAUCACCAGACUCAUGGAGGCAAGACGAAGAAAUAAUUGAAAGUGCUGUCUUGGGUCGCUUGGUUUGCAGAAGUGAGACUUCUCCUGAAAGUACUCUCAUUGAACCAGAAGGUAAUAAGCCGCGAAGUGUUCCUAAAUCGCGGACACCUUCACGAGAAAAAAGAUCUGAAACAGUUAAAGAACCCCAUCAUUCUGUCCAUGUGAGUCCAGACGAAAACACAGAGGUGGAACUUUUGCAUGCUCAGAGGUUACAUGUUUCCGAGCUUGAUGUGGAUAGACUGAACGUCGGUGAGCUUCAGGCGCAGAAGAUCCUGGUGUCGGACAUAGACGGGGUGUCGAUGCAGGUGGCCGAGCUGACCAGCAAGUCGGGGAACCUGGUUGUCAGUGGGCUAGAGUUGCCUCCCGGUUUCAUGCAGGAGCUCUGCGAUGCCCGGACGACCACUCCCACGCACAUAAUAAUGGAGUGUUCGUCCACGCAGACGUCUGCUCCUCCCGACGAGUCGAAGCCAGCUGGUGUGCCUCCUUCAACGGACGAGAACGAGACGCAAGAGCGGACCCACGCAUUCCCAGCCCAGCAGCCUCCGGCUACGGAUGGCAACUUAACAGCUCAGAUGCAGGCCAACGCCUUCCCGCCGACGGCAGCGCAGUCGUACGGCUUCACGCUGCCGGCACAAGGCCUGCACCCAGCCCCGGGAAUGCACUUUGUGUCCCUGGGCAGCUACGUGCCUGGGCCAGAGGUGUACCAGGAGUACGUGCCGCCGGUGCCCCCACCCCCAAGGGUGUCCUCGCGGGCUCGGGCCCCGGUGCUGGAGUCGGAGGACGAGGCGCCGCCCCCAGCACGGCGGCGGCGGCACCACGCCAAGCCGCUGAGCCGCUACAGCAGCGACGAGGAGGAGCACGUGCCGUUCGGGCGGCGCCACGGGCCCAGGCCGGCAGACACCUCGGUGUCGGAGCUGGUGCGGUGCCUGCUGCAGCAGCUGGAGUCCCUGCCGGCGGGCCGGUGGCUGCGCCGCGCCUGGCAGGCCGUCUGCCCGCGCACCGAGGAGCGCCGCCACGACCUGCAGACGGCACUGUGCGUGCUGCUGGUGGGCGUGGCCCUGCUCAUCCUGCUGGGCUUCGGCUCGGGCAAGACGUUCCACCACCACCACUGGGACUACUACUUCCCGCCCCCUCUCUAGCCCUCCCGCCCUUUGUACUCGCCUCGAGGACGUGCGAAUAAAUGUUAUCUUGCCUUUGUUGUUACAAA